UGUGGCACCAAUACCUAACGACCUGACCGGUCUCCGCUCGUUACCGUCAAUUUGGGGAAAUGGAUUUAGCCUUGAUAGGACAGGACACGAGCCCGCACGGCGCGUGGUUGUAGAAGGAGAUCAAAAGACGCGUGGUGUGCGCGGCGGACGCCUCCGUGUCUUAUUCUCAGCGCUCCUCUCCCCUCGGCCGGACUCAGGUCUGUGUGGCGUCGGCAGGCAAAAGCGGCCCUUCUGCUCUACUCCACUUAUUCUUUGUGUGCGCAUGUGUGGCUUGCUUGUGAACCGGCAAAAUCAGAGAGCAAAGCAGGCCAGCGCGAGCCAGGAAAGACGGGCAGUGUUGAGGUAGCCCAGCUAGCAGCCGCACGGUUUUUUUUUUUUUUUUUGCACUGCCAGAGAUGGUCACGUCCACACAGGGGAUCCUUCUGCUGCCGAUGCUAAUAUGUCUCCAGCACUUCGUUAACGUUCACGGUACGAAGACGGAAUGUGAAGCCAAUCAAUUUCAGUGUGGAAACGGUCGCUGCAUCCCGUCCGUGUGGCAGUGUGACGGAGAUGAGGACUGCAGCGACGGCAGCGACGAGAACUCAUGUGUUAAAAAGACUUGUGCGGAGUUGGACUUUGUGUGUGACAAUGGGCAGUGUGUCCCGAAGCGGUGGCACUGCGAUGGGGAGCCAGACUGUGAAGAUGGUUCUGAUGAGAGCUUGGACAUUUGCCACAUGAGGACAUGCCGGAUGAAUGAGUUUAGCUGUGGCGCCGGCUCCACCCAGUGUAUCCCAGUCUUCUGGAAAUGUGACGGCGAGAAGGACUGCGACAAUGGCGAGGACGAGGUCAACUGUGGAAACAUCACAUGUGCCCCAAAUGAGUUUACGUGUGCCAGUGGACGCUGCAUCUCCCGGAACUUCGUGUGUAAUGGCGAGGAUGACUGCGGCGAUGGCUCAGAUGAGGUGGAGUGCGCGCCGUCCUCCUGUGGGCCCAGUGAGUUCCAGUGUGGAAACUCUUCAUGCAUCCCGGCCAGCUGGGUGUGUGACGAUGACGUUGACUGCCAGGACCAAUCAGAUGAGUCUCCAUCCCACUGUGGUCGACACCCAACACCCCCGGCCAAGUGCUCGCCCAGCGAGAUGCAGUGUCGCUCAGGAGAGUGCAUUCACAAGAAGUGGAGGUGUGAUGGAGACUCCGACUGCAAGGACGGCAGUGACGAAGCAAACUGUCCUGUUCGCACCUGUGGGUCGGAUCAGUUCAAAUGUGACGAUGGGAACUGCAUCCUGGGCAGCAGACAGUGUAAUGGCCUCAGAGACUGUGCAGAUGGAUCAGACGAGGCAAACUGUAGAAACAUGACUCAGUGUAAUGGUCCAGAGAAGUUCAAGUGUCGCAGUGGGGAGUGCAUAGAGAUGAGCAAAGUGUGCAACAAGGUCAGAGACUGUCCUGACUGGAGCGAUGAACCGAUCAAGGAAUGCAAUUUUAAUGAGUGUCUCCUGAACAACGGUGGCUGCUCGCACAUCUGCAAAGACAUGGUGAUUGGCUACGAGUGUGACUGCACGCCUGGGCUCCAGCUUAUCGACCACAAGACCUGCGGAGAUAUCGAUGAGUGCAUGAACCCCGGCAUUUGCAGUCAGAUCUGCAUCAACCUGAAGGGAGGGUACAAGUGUGAAUGCCACAACGGCUACCAGAUGGAUCCGACCACCGGCGUCUGCAAGGCUGUUGGUAAGGAGCCCUGCCUGAUCUUCACCAACCGCCGUGAUAUCCGUCGUCUGGGCCUGGAGAGGAAGGAGUACACUCAGAUUGUGGAGCAGCAGAGAAACGCAGUGGCUCUGGAUGCAGACUUUGACCAGCAGACCAUUUUCUGGGCUGACCUGGGCCAGAAGGCGAUCUACAGCACUCUUCUGGACAAGCGUGUGGACGUUGGCACCCAUAAGAAAGUGAUUGACAACGUGCAGACUCCAGUGGGAAUCGCUGUGGACUGGAUCUACAAGAACUUGUACUGGUCUGAUCUCGGGACCAAAACCAUCUCUGUGGCCAGUUUCAAUGGUACCAAGCAGAAAGUUCUGUUCAACAGGGGCCUCAAAGAACCGGCCGAUAUUGCUGUGGAUCCGCUGUCUGGGUUUCUGUACUGGUCUGACUGGGGAGAGCCAGCCAAGAUAGAGAAAUCUGGUAUGAACGGAGUGGACAGACAGGUUCUGGUGGCGACAGACAUCCAGUGGCCUAAUGGAAUCACACUGGAUCUGAUCAAAGGCAGGUUGUACUGGGUCGACUCAAAGCUGCACAUGCUCUGUAGCGUCGACCUAAACGGGGACAACAGGAAUAAAGUGCUCCAGUCUUCAGAGUACCUCGCUCACCCCUUUGCUCUCACCGUUUUCGAGGAUCGAGUCUUCUGGACUGAUGGGGAAAAGGAAGCAAUCUACGGUGCAAACAAGUUCACCGGCUCUGACGUGGUUACGCUGGCCAGCAACCUGAACGACCCCCAGGACAUCAUAGUGUACCAUGAGCUCAUUCAGCUGUCAGGUACUAACUGGUGCUUGGAGAAAGGUGAAAAUGGAGGCUGCAGCUACAUGUGCCUGCCUGCACCACAGAUCAACAAACACUCCCCCAAAUAUACCUGCGUGUGUCCCGAGGGGCAGGAGCUGACUGCUGACGGCUUGCGCUGCAGACCUGACCCUACUUUCAAAGGUCCUUCAAAGGAUGCUGGGAAAGCUCUAAUACAGCCACCCCCAGAAGCCAAUGUGAGCACGUCAAUUCAAGUGAAUUCAACAGCCAGAGGUUCUGCUGCUGCCUGGGCCAUACUACCCGUCUUGCUACUGGCGAUGGCGGCAGCAGGCGGCUACCUGAUGUGGAGGAACUGGCAGCUGAAGAACCAGAAGAGCAUGAACUUUGACAACCCAGUCUACCUGAAGACCACAGAAGAAGACCUCAACAUUGACAUCACGAGGCACGGCGCCAAUGUAGGACACACGUACCCCGCGAUUUCGAUAGUGAGCACAGAGGAUGAUUUAUCCUGAUCAUGUUGGGUCUUUUUUAUUUUUCACGGUCACACCGCGCCGCCUCGUUCCAGUGCCGACGCUUGACCGUAGCAGCAGCAGCAGACCUUAUAGUACGACCACAUGCCUUCUGAAGUACAUUAAACCACUGUGUGUGGUGAAGAGGAAAUGUUAUUUAUUAUGUAAAUAUUGCAAUGAAUUCUGUCCCGACUGGUUUCACUCAACAUCCAAAGUUGUAAGGAUUUUUUUUUUUCUCAUUAUUUUUGGGCCGCAGACAUUUUCCAGUCAUUUCUUUGCCCCGCCCUCUUUAAGGAGCUUGCCGUCUUCGUGUCGCAACAGUUGAGAGAGAUGAAUUGUCAGUUUGAUCUCCUCCUCGUGGGGUUUUGUGGAUGCAAGAUUUAUUUCGGUAAACUGUCUUAAAACCAGAACUUGAAACAGGAUCUGGGAUCCCAGAACCCGACACGGCAAAUGUUUGAAGCCUGCACGAAACACAAGGGGUCAAGGGUCCUUUAGAAGUAAGGCUUUAAUGGGGAGAGGAUGCGGUCCAGACUUUAUUUGUGGCUUCCUCAGAUGUGAAUAUUUAUGUACGAUCAUGUUUGGGCAGUAAUAUUUAAAAUCUAAGUUUUCUUUCAUUAAUUUAAGUGUUUUCUUGCCAUCACCACCUCUUAGAAUGCGUUCUUACAGGCAUUUUCUUCUUCUUCUUAUCAUUAUUAUUAUCAUUAUUAUUAUUAUUAUUAUGAUUAUGAUGCUGCUUACCAUGGUUACAGCUUUUGUAAACACUGUACAUAUUUGCCCAUCCUUUGGACAUGAUCGUCAAUCAGGACUCUUCAAUGCACUUUGAUCAAAUGCUCCUUGUGUAAAUAAGAUUGUAUACAUUUGACUUGAUCAGUUUUUUGCUAUGGUUGGGCAUCAUACCAGCGGCUCAGAUGUAUUUAAGAAGGAAAAAAACAAAACACAAUGAAUUUGGUAAAACUAUUUUGUAUGUUUGUGCUGUUGCUGUGAACUUUUUCUAGCCUUGUACAAAGAAGGGGGGACACGAAUAAAACGGGAAGACUGUAUCUGUGAAGAAACUGAUCUGCGAAUCACUUCGGAAUUAAAAUUUAAUCCACAACUUUG